CACAUAUGGAUGUAAAGCAGGUACGAUCAGGUAAAUGAUGUGUGUGUGUGUGGUGCAGAUUGAUUUCGGUAUGAGUGUUUUAGCAAUGUUGCGAACAAUUUCGAGUGCUUUUAAGCUAUGAUACGAUGUGAAGGACGGAAUAGAGUGAAGCGUGACUCUUUUACAGAUAUUUAUUCAUCCGUGUAGGGACUAGUGUGAUUUUAGAUUACAUUGAAAUGGAUCCGAACGGCAAUGGUAAGCGCACAAUGCCCAAACUGAUGGAUAUAUACAGUCGUCAGAGACAGGAUUCUGACAGUGGACUAGAAUGUCCUGACUUGGAUUUUGUAUAUGAUGAUGCGGAUUCCCUAGUCAAUGAGGUGGCAGAGCUCUACAGUUAUACAGAACAACCGGAAUUCCAGUUAAACGUCAAAGCAUUUGAGGAUCAAAUGAGGGAAUGGAAACUGAGUCCUUUUUGGUUAAAAUUUUCGGAUUGUAAACGAAGGUCAAUUGUGAUGAAACUCAUGGACCAACUGGAAGUGUCAAAUAAAGCCACCAGAAUGAAAGCUGCUCGUUGCAUAUUAUACUUGGCGCAGGGCUGCUGGGCUGAAUUACAAUCAGAUGCCGAGCAACAGAUGUGGACUCGUAAAAAUGUUAUUUUGCUCUAUGAAAGUGGAGUCUUCGGUGCCUUCAUAGAACUCUUAAACAUUGAAAUAGAAAAUAGUUCUGCAGCAUCAACAGCUUUAAGAAAACUUGCAGUUAGUGUAGUUGAUUCAACUGAUCUAAGAAUAGUACUCAGUGUUUUAUAUAUCAUGAUGGAAGUAAUUCGUACUGUGAGAGAUGAUGAUACGGAUGAAAUACAGAACUAUUGUGAGGCCUUCAAAAGUGAUUUAGGGAACUUGGCUGGAGAAGAAUUGUUGGCAGUGAAACUGUUAGGAAUGGUAACACGUUUUUGCAGUGGGUCAGCACCACACUUCCCCAUGAAAAAAGUUCUCCUCUUACUUUGGAAGACUAUAUUGACAUCAUUGGGUGGGAUGGAUACAUUGCGGGAGCUGAAACGUACAUAUCGAGAACAGGCAGGUUUAAGCAUGACCCAGGACACAAUGGAAGUUGCCCGAACAAUGAGAGCAUCAUCACCUCCAGCCAGUGCAGCAGAUUUGCUUGAAACCCAAAACCAGAAGAGGAACAGCAGACCAUUCAGGCGAAGUCUCAUGAAGCAGAGUUCCUUGGAUGAAACCAUGGGAAUGGAUUAUGAGCCAACAGACCAAACUGAUGAUGAGGUUAGAGAGUUUGAGGAGCGGCAGGCAAUGGAAGAGGCAGGAGAAAUUCCACGACCUCCUAGCCCCCGUCCAAGUACACCUGCCCCUAGUAAAGGAAAAGGUCUCCCCUGGACACCAAAAGCUCGCCAGAAAGAUCUUGACCAGUUCCUAGAAAGCACAAGAAUAAAAUUUGUUGGCUUCCAACUACAGGGAGAUAGAGUUUCUCUUGCCGGACUGCCACAACCCAUUCACGAAGGAGUGGAAGUGUUGAAACACAAUAUGUACACAUCUUUGGCAGAAGUACAGAUUCAGAAAGAGGAAGACAUAGCAAGAAAUCCCAUCUCAACACCAGAGUUGAGUGUGCCUCAGACAGCAACCGAAGUGCUCUACCAGGCGAUGCUGCCAAACUUGCCACAGUAUAUGAUUGCAUUAUUAAAAAUUUUGCUUGCAGCAGCUCCAACUUCAAAGGCUAAAACUGAUUCUAUCAAUAUUAUGUCAGAUGUUCUUCCAGAAGAAAUGCCUUUGACAGUUCUGCAGUCCAUGAAGUUAGGCAUUGAUGUUAACAGACAUAAGGAGAUUAUUGUGAAGGCAGUAUCUGCAAUACUUCUGCUCUUAUUGAAACAUUUAAAGUUGAACCAUAUUUACCAGUUUGAAUUUAUGUCUCAGCAUUUAGUAUUUGCAAACUGUAUUCCAUUAGUUCUAAAGUUUUUUAAUCAGAAUAUAAUGGCAUAUGUCGGAGCAAAGAAUACCAUCCCAAUUCUUGACUUCCCAUCAUGCAUUAUCGGAGAUCAGCCAGAAUUGACAGCAGAAAGCCUUGAAAUAGGUGACAAUCAGCAGUAUUCAUGGAGAAACAUUUUCUCAUGCAUCAAUCUUCUGCGGAUCUUGAACAAGCUCACCAAAUGGAAACAUUCACGCAUAAUGAUGUUAGUGGUGUUUAAAUCAGCACCAAUUCUCAAACGUACACUGAAAGUGCGUCAUGCCAUGAUGCAACUGUAUGUAUUAAAACUGCUCAAAAUGCAGACCAAGUUUCUUGGACGUCAGUGGAGAAAGUCUAAUAUGAGAACAAUGAGUGCCAUAUAUCAGAAAGUUCGUCAUCGUCUCAAUGAUGACUGGGCAUAUGGUAAUGAUCUGGAUGCACGGCCAUGGGAUUUUCAGGCAGAGGAGUGUGCUCUUAGAGCUUGUGUGGACCGCUUCAAUAACCGUCGCUACAGUGCAAGCAGCAGGGACCCAGACUUUGAACCAUCAGACCAUUGUAUUACUAGUGUCUUGGGACAGCCCUUUGAACUGACUGAUUACUUCAAACAGCAUUAUGAAGUGUGGCUCCAGCGUGAAGUCUUCCAGACUUCAUUUGGGGAUUUCUAUUGACAAUUGCCAUUUGCAGAACGAAGCUCCGGGUCUUAUUGAAAUGCCUGCUGAUAUAAAUUGUGCAUGCGUGAAGGAUAUGGUAUUUGUAUUUCGUCAGGUUUUGAAUGAAACCUAUUAUUUUGAUUUACUAAGGAAUGCUGUACCACUUGAGCUUCUGUUUAUUGGUAUUUUUUGGGGAACUUAUUAGAGGGGUCUAAAGCACAUGGGAUAUAAGUGACGUAAACCUUGUUCUGAGAAAAUGGAGUUCAAAUUUCAGUAAUAAUUGAAAAUUACAUGAGAGUUCUAUAAUGCUGCUUUUUCAUGUAGGCUUGAGUUAUGAGCAUAUGCUGUAGUUUUUAAAAGAUUUUCAUUUAAUCGUAAAAUUUAAGAUUUUAAACAGUGAUUUCAUGAUAAAAGAUUUCACUUAUAUCCCUUGUAUUCCAAAUUAUUGGGCUAGUGUCAAUAAAUGUACAAAUUAAAACACACUAAACAUUCAUAUUACAAGAAGUAAUUUCUGUAGAAACAAUUUUAUGUCAUAAGAAAAUAUUUUUAUAUGAAAAUCUGCUGAUUGGGGGUGUAGUGGUAUGUCAUUAGUCAGAGUCAGGUUCAGAAACGUGUUCAAGAUUAUCAAGUUCACGGUCAUUUUCAUUCUUCUUGUCUGGUACACACUCUUGACCAUCCUCUUCCUUCAGCGCCCUCCUGAAGUUUGUCGUUGAAGAGAGUGUAGAAGUCAUGGUGCACUGGAGGCGCAAAUGGUAGGAAGUUCUGCAGGCUUCUAAACUUCAAGUGCUUUAUCUUUGGUCAUUCAGUUCAGGAAACUUAAGGAUCUCUCUUACAGCUUAAGGUGACUUUAAGUUUAGCUUUAAGAAUGGUGCAGUCUCAAGUUUUCUUUGUAGAAAAGUGUCCAUUGCUCUCGUGUUGUAAAAUUGAGCCACUGGAUCUGGUCACCGAGUCUUUGAAAAAUCGCUUGAGCUCUUCAAGAGUGAUGGGAUCUUGAUUCUCCUGCACCACAGUGAAUUUCUUACCAGCUUUGGCCACACUAGUCUCCCAGUCUUUAUUAUUAUUAUUAUUUCCUUAUUCCAUUACAUGUAUAGUAGGCAAAAGCCUUAGAUACAGAAUUGUGUCAAUUUAUCUUGCUAAUACUCAUAAGCAAUUGUCAAGAAGACAUAAAA